AUGGACGCAGUAAAGAGGCAGCUGGCAGAGGAGUCGCUAGCUACUUGGGAGUCACAGACAGCUCCAGGGGUGUCCUGCUGCUGGGCUCACACGGGCAGCCUGGCCCCUACUCAGUGUCGUCCUCAGGCUCCUGGGAAUAGUCUUCGGCUCUCGGGAGGGGCUGGCCCAGCUCCGUCUGCCCCAGGUGUUGCAAAUACUAACGGAGCACCCACGGACCAACCACACAGACAGAAAACGGCGACAGCCCCUGGCCCGUGGGGCUCACAGCGCGCUGCCCAGCUUCCCAUCUGGAAGGAAUCGCAGAUUCCUCCCGUGCUAAGUCAACUCUUAGUCAGCUCUUCUGAGCACUGCCGUCCCAAAGGGAAAUCGCUUCUUAGACACAGAACAAGAAGAACCGUUCGACUGCUUCUUAUAAAUACAGAUAAAAAGAACAGAGAGCUCCGGGCAGGAGCGCAAGCUCACACUCACACGCAUACUCACACGCGGACGCAAGAAAUCAAGGGACAGAGGACAGGGGCUCCUGGCGGCCUCUCCGAGGCAGGUGUGUUUCCAGUCCUGCGAGCAGCCAGAGGGGCGACGGGUUGUCAGCGCCGAGGGGAAGAAAACGCCCAGCCAGAACGCGGAGUGGGAGCCAAGCUCUGCAGCCCGGAGUCCGGCCUGGGGUGUCAGGCCAGGAAGCCACCGCGUGGUCAGUGCAAACGGCGCCCAAUCCCUCGCUCCGCCGCUGGGGCUGCGGAAAACUCUGGCCAGGACGAUCCCCGCAGGGAGGUGCGGGGCGCUCAGGCACAGGAGGCCGGCUGCGAGCAGGAAGGGGAAUGGUGAAACGCCCCGAGGGCCCAGUACAGAAAGGAGGGAUUGGCUCUCUCAGGCCGCAAGAUCGCCUCCCGAAAAGGCUAAUUUUUAAUUCAGGUUUAUUUACGAUCAUGAAGGAGAGGCAUGUUGAUUUCUGGUUCUCUGGUGAAAUGUUUUGGAUGAUGGGAUUUAAAAAAAAAAAAAAAGAUAAUAUGUCAUUUAUUAAGCUACUCAUAGGAAAAUAAAUAUUUGGAAAAGACGGCAUUUUUCUCUAGAAGUUCUUACAGAUCCAAAAUCAGAAUCCGGCACGGAGGAAGGCAAAGGCAUUUUUGCACUCGUCGGUGUUUGUUGAAUACCCAAGAGGUCCUGGCCAUUGCUAGGCACUGAGGGUCACGGCAGGUAAGACAGAGCCUCAUUUCUCACGGGACUCGCUGCCCACGGUGGGAGGGAGAUAAAUGCCCGGCCUGGACUAGGAGGAGGAGGAAGGGAUGGCGAAAUUCCUGGAAUAGCUUGCAUAAUUUGACCUGCUUGAACUCUCCAAGGGCUCCCAUUUUGUUCUGAGCUAAAGCCAAGUGUCUCUGUGGCCUUCCGGGCCCCGCCCCGUCUGCCCCCGACCCUUUCCUCUCAGGCCUCCUCUCCUCCCCUCGCGGCUCCCUCCCCCGCACCUACCACACUGGCCAUCUCCCCAGACACGAUCUAGGGGCUUUCGACUCCCGUUCGCUCCGCCUGGGACACCCCUCCCAGACGUGCACUCAGGAAAGCGUCCUCCUUCAGGCCUUUGUCAGCUAUCGCUGUCUCUGUAAGGUCUUCCCCGCACCCCCAGCACACCCCAUGAAGCAUACGGAGGACGGGGUCCAUGGCUGCACUUUGAGAACCGCUGCAUUAGGAUUUCAUGGGAGGCCUGUUAACAUGCAGCUCCCCAGCCUGUCCCCUAGAGAUGCUGUCUUAGUGGCUCUGGAGAAGAAACGAGAGGACACUGCAUUUCCCAAAGCAGCUCAAGUGAUUCUAAUGACGUGGUCCAAGUCCACCCUUUACAAAAAAGAUAAAAAGGGAAGCCAUUGAAUGUUUUCAAAAGGGAAUGACAAGAUGAGACCUGGCCUACAGGGUGGCCUGGGGACCACAGUCCUAAUCUCUAAGAUAUUGUGGGUGUCCAUCAGGGGCCAACUAACAACAUCCUGUGGGCAAAACCCAGCCCUCUACCUGUUUUCUAAUAAAGUUUUAUUAGAACAGCCACACCUAUUCUUUUACAUAAUUGUCUAUGGUUGCUUUUGGGUUAGAAUGGCAGGGUUUAGUAGUUGGGACAGAGACUAUAUGGCUUGCAAAGCAAGAAAAUAUUUCCUUUCUGAAAUUUCAGACAAUUUUGCCAAUCCCUGGUCUAAACCAAGGGCUGGAAAGCAGCGAAAAAGUGAUCAUUAUUUAGAAACGAGAUCAGUUUAAAAUAUUUGCAGGGAAAAGAAAACUGCAUUUGUGAUUGUCACAAUGACUGCGAGUCUCUCUUGCCGUGGGCUGUGAGCGCUGAAGAUGCUAAACCCUGCACAUCCUAUAAGGCAGGGACCAUGCGGCCCCAUGAACUGCCAGCUGAGAAAUGGUGGCCUUAGACCAGACUGAACCUCACGUAUGUAAAAAGGUCUAAGAUCUACUUUUUUUUAAUCCAAAAGAAAUUUUUUUUUUUUUUUUAAAUUGGCUGGUGAGGAAUUACUACACAUUUCCACGUGGGCUGCUUUUCUGUGCUGAUAGGACUCCAUCACCAUCUAAUGAGACUCGCUACGAGCUGAGCCAAGCUCGCACAUGGCCCAGAAUCAGCAGGAUGGAGGAUGGGGCAGCGCCAUUGGUGGCCGACAUCACAUCCAAGUUCCUGUCUCGUCGACUUGUGGGUCGGUGCAAAUUUAUGAGGCCACAGGCCAGGUGAAAACAAUGAACUGGUGCUUCUGGGGUAACAGAUCGGCUGCUGACUACAUGUUACUGGGAAUGGAAGCUGGAGUUUGAAGAAGGCUCCACAAUAUCCGGGGAUGCAGGGCAGUGUGUGUUGGCAGCCUGAACUUGGCCCCACGGUCACUCGGCCCUCACAGGCCGUGGGGCCAGAGAGAUUUAUGGACUCCGAGGAGCGCAUGCGACCGAGGCUGCUCAGCAGAGGCCGUGCAUCGUGAGAUUCCAACUGUCAAAGAGCAUGUGGGGUUUCUUCAGUGGUCCCAGGACACAGCGAUUUCAUCUUUAACACAUCAGUAACUUAGCCUCUGGUUAGUGGAGCUCACUGGGGCAUGACUAAUCAGCGGAUGAAAGUGUCUUUGUGGGGAUUAACUUUAAUGAAAAGAAAAGGGAUAGUUAUUUGGGGAGUUUGAAAUCUUCCAUAAAUCAAAGCGAACACUGACAAAGCAGGUUCAUAAGGUAAGAAUGAAGCCAUUGUGGGAAAAAUUAAGGAACAGCUACUUUUUCUAUAAAUCACAGGUCUGGACUACAAUGGCUGAUGAUUCCAUGGGAACGGGACCAUUUAACUUCUUCAGGUGUAAUGGAGUGAUAUUUGGGGGACGGUCGACUCUCCUUAAGGGAAACCAGAUGUCCCAUGUCCUUAUUAACCCUUUCCCACCGACACGCAAAAUGUCUAGCCAUGGGCUUAUUGAACCUUCGAGGGAGUAAGCUCCACUUAUUCUGGAUCCAGCUUUCAAAGUACAUCUUGAACCCACCCAUCCCCUACCCAAGGGCCCUAUCAUUUAAAGUCCAUCCAGGAAACCAUGGGAAUGACUCCGUGUAGCCAAACGACCAUGUAAAAAGGACAUCUCUGUCCUGCCAAGAGCUUAGGCACCGGACUCGUAAGAAUGAGCCAGAGCUGGACUCCACCGUAACCGAGUGAUUAAAGUCACUCCACCAGUAACAGGUAAAACCGACAUCACGUCCCUCCUGAUGUGACGCACUGAGGACACUUAACUCAUGUUGUGCUCCUGCCCGAAAGCUGUCGCCAGAGCCUGACCAUGAUGAAACUACCGGAGAAACUCAAGUUGAGGGAAAUUCUACUAAAUGACUCACCUGUUCUCUAAAAACUCAAUUUUGCAAAAAACAAAGAGAUUCUGAGGAACUAUUCCGGAUUAAAGGAGACUAGAGAUAGGACAGCUAAAUGCAAUGUGUCAUCCUGGAGUGGAUUCUCAGCAAGACAAAGGUAUUGCUAUAAAUAGCAUUGGGACGAAUGGUGAAAUAUGUGUAUAACCCGUGUUUUGGUAAAAGUACCGUAUCGAUGUUAAAUUUCCUGAAUUUCAUAAUUAUAUAGUAGUUACGUAAGAGACUAUCCUGGUUUCUAAGGGAUAAACAAAUAUUUUGAGGUUGAAGUUCACGAUGUCUGCAACUCAUUCUCAAAAGUUCAGAAAAAAUUACAUAACUUACACCUUGGUGGUAAACCAGAUGCCUUAACAAACAUAGUAAAUGUUAUUAAUGGUAAGAGUGGAAGGGAAUAACACUUCUGGGAGGCAUCGCAAAAAAAAUAAUUACAACUAUCUCGGACAAGGUAGUGUGUGUGUGUACGCGUGUGUGUUUGGGGCAUAUCAUCCUUUUAUCUGAGAUUUAAAAAAAUUCCUGUAUGUAUUCACACUUCACGAAGACUAUUUCUUUCAAAUAAAAAUUAUGUUGGUCUCA